GCGUAAGCUUCCGAAGAGUCAAAAAAAUAGAAAAUCAAACACACAAAAGAAGAACACAUGUUUAUUUUAUUGAGAAUAUUAAAUUUGCCGGCACUGACCUUAUGGUUGCGGCGAUGACCUGUUCAAAGUUUAUAGUGAUAUAUACAAAGUGCAUCGUGUUUCCAAUUUGGCAUCAACAUUUAAUUCCCAAAUCCAAACGCAUGCACGAGCACGAUCAAUUGAUUCAAUUCAAUAACUUAACCUAAUCUUUGUUGAUCAAUAGUUAUUAAAUAUCAACCAAACUAUGAUUUGGCUUUGGGUCACUUCCAUGACAAUCUCCUCUAUUUUCUUCAUCUUUAUUCUCUCUUUUUUAAUCCUUCGUUUCUUCCGUAAAACCUCUGCACUAUACAUCCUCAAACAGUGGUGGCUUUCCUUCGAAGACCGUCUCCAUCUUCACCAAUCCUUCAAAAUCCCUCUCUACGAUCACAAUUUCCGGGAAAAUCAACUUUACCGGAAAAUUCUCACCUACAUCGAUUCACUACCUUCCGUUCAAGACUCCGAUUUCACAAACCUCUUCUCCGGUCCAAAUCCUUCUGAUAUAUUCCUCCACCUCGACGCUAACCAAAUCGUUCACGAUACUUUCCUCGGCGCCAAGGUUUCAUGGACGAACAACGCUUCCGCCGGUGACUCCGCAUCGGCGCUCGUGCUUAGAAUGAAAAAGAAGGACAAGCGCAGGGUUUUUCAGCAGUACUUUCAGCACAUUCUCUCGGUAGCGGACGAGAUCGAACAGAGGAGAAAAAAGGAUAUUAAAUUGUUCAUGAAUUCUAGCGCCGGCGAAUUAUCGCGGUGGCGAUCGGUUCCGUUCACUCAUCCGGCGAGUUUCGAAACUGUGGCGAUGGACGCGGAACUGAAGAACAAGGUGAAAACUGAUUUGGAUCAAUUUCUUAAGUCAAAACAGUACUACAAUCGGUUAGGGCGCGUUUGGAAGAGGAGUUACCUUCUAUACGGUGCGUCCGGUACGGGAAAAUCAAGCUUCGUUGCUGCCAUGGCGAAAUUUCUCUGUUACGAUAUUUAUGAUAUCGAUGUUUCCAAAGUAACUGACGGUUCUGAUUGGAAGACGCUGUCGAUGCACACCACGCCUAAGUCGAUGAUCUUGAUAGAGGAUCUGGAUCGUUUGCUCGCAGGGAAAUCACCGGCUGUUAGCUUAUCAAGCGUGUUGAACUUCAUGGACGGGAUCAUGUCAUGUUGCGGAGAAGAGCGCGUGAUGGUUUUCACAAUGAACGGUACAAAAGAUGAAGUUGAUCAAGCGGUGUUAAGACCUGGGAGAGUUGAUGUUCACAUACACUUCCCCUUAUGUGAUUUCUCCACUUUUAAAAUUCUCGCGAGUAGUUAUUUAGGGUUAAAGGAGCAUAAGCUUUUCCCUCAGGUCGAAGAAGUUUUUCAGACCGGUGCGCGGCUCAGUCCGGCUGAGGUUGGUGAGAUUAUGAUAUCGAACCGGAAUUCACCGAGCCGGGCCUUGAAAACCGUUAUCACAGCCAUGCAGGUGCAAUCUAACGUUCAGGGGCAGAGAUUGAGUAAUAGCGGGUCGGGUCGGAGCUCCGAAGAGGUUAAUGAUACCAAUGGUGUGAUAUGUAGAGAGAGUGUUCACACGGUGAGGGAGUUUAGGAAGCUCUAUGGCCUUCUGCGUUUGGGAAGUAGGAGGAAGGAGGAGUCUGUUCAUUCGGGUCCCAUUGACAAAGAAGCUUCGCGCAUUGAGGGUCGGGCUGGGUAAAAAGAUUCGACUAGAUUAUUUUAUUUUUUCAUAGAAAAAAAAAAAAAAACAGUGUAAAUUUGCUUGCCAGUUAUUUGAUAGUUGUUACUAACAAUUAUUUCAGAUUUUUAUUUUAUAUAUUUUUUGUCCAUAAUUUACAAUUACUAUAUUGUUUACAGUAUGUACACAGAAAAUUAUUGAUUCCGGCGGUAUGAACUAAAAUUCAUAUUCAUAUUGGUUGUUUGAUAUUUUGAGUUUUGAUAAGAAUCCAUAUUCAGCA